AUGUUUCGGCAGUCAACCUCAGAGGGUAGCUCUGCAUACCAGCCACAACGCUUCUUGGACGCCAUUCGUCCAUCACACUGCGAUCUUCCAGCUGAGUUUCAGCAAAAGAGCGCUCGCUCAACCUGUCAAACCUUGACAGGCAUCUCGAAACUGUUCCCGCCGGAAGUUGACCAUUCCAUUCUUGCAGUCAGCCGCCGACCCUCUGAACGCAGUUCUGUUGUCGUUGCUAUCGAUUGGCAUCCUCCAUUACUUCUGCCCUAUGUAUGGGCUAUUGCGAAGAACCAAGUGGCUGGUAGCUCGACCUAUUGCAUCAGAACCCGGUCUUCGGGUCGAUAA